CAGACAUAGAAGAUAAAUUAUUUUGUUGUGCGUAUAGAAUUGUUCGAUUGAGUGCGUAUUGUCAGCUUAUUAUUUAAAUAAAGAAACUUUUAACGAUUUUAUGAUCUGCAUAUAAAACAAUAUUGAAUUUAUUACAAAGUUAGCACAAUAAAUGAGGAGGUUAUUUGGUGUAUUUAGUGUAAUAAUAAUAAUAGCUCUCUAAUAGUAAAAGUCUAAUAUAGCUGCGGAUUAGACCUUUACACUAUAAUGAAAGGGAUUUCUUUAUACUUUCGUGAUACUGACGAAAAGAUUGUUGAUUUUUUACCGGGAGCUUAUGUAAUUGGUCGCGGCAAUCGUUUAAAGUGUAAUGAUAAAAGAAUUUCCCAUAGCCAUGCUCUGUUAAAUGUUACACCGGAUAAGAUAUUACUCAAAUCUACUCAUGUGAAUCCUUGUUUUUUCAAACCUACGGGAGGUUUAAACUUAAUGAUUUUAAAACAAAAUGAAUCAGUUGAAGUGAAAGAUGGUGACACAUUUGGUUUAUUACCUGAUCAGUUUUGGUACACAGUUAAAUUUUGUGAUAUAGAUAUGAAGCCAUAUACUAAAGUAGAGGCUGAAGAAACAGAAAGGACAAGUGAUACAGAUGAUAGUAAUUAUUCAAAAUGUCGAACUAACUCAGGAAGCACAUUAGUUGAAAAUGUCCAUCAGAGUGAUGAGCAGAUGUUUAAAACAGAAAGAAGAAAGAGAGAAAUUGUAGAAAGUAAUGUUGAAAGCAGUAAAAAACUAAAAACAUCAGAUGUUAGAGAAAAUGAAGAAACACAAGCUAGUGUCUGUUUCAAAAAUGUUAAAUUGCCUGAAACUAAUGUAUCAAAUUGUGAUGAAAGUCAAAUUAGUGGCGUAACAGCAGCUGUUAAACAGGAAGAACAGACUAAUGAUGAACUCUGUAAAACUGAUCUCAACCAAGAAUCUACAAAUGAAAGAUUAGUUUCAACAGAAAAUACAAAUGCAGAAGAUGAUAAUCAACCAUCAUCUUCAACAACCAUUGAGAAUGUAAUAUCAAAAGAAAAGAAGAAUAUAAGAGAUAGAUGUUGGUAUGGUGCAAGUUGUUAUAGGAAAAAUCCCAAUCACAAAAAAGAUCUGUGUCAUCCAGGUGAUUCUGAUUAUGAAUCAGAUGAAAAUGAUGAUCGUCCAAUGUGCUCUUUUGGAAUAAGUUGUUAUCGUCGAAAUAAAACGCACAGACAGCAAUUUAGACAUCCCAAGACACAAGUAAAAUUGAAAGACAAAAAGCAUAGAAAGAAAACUACGACCGCAACAAAUGAUAAUGAUUCUGCCGAAGAAGAUUAUGACUACGACGAUCCGUUUAUAAAUGACGACAGUUCUGAUGACUAUGUGGCAGAUGAUGAUGAUUCUGAUAGUGAAUGGAAUUUAGAAGACGAGGACUUUGAAGAAGAAGAUGCAAAAAGACUUGUAAAAGAGGCAAAACGAUUUACAAAGGGAACCAAAUAAGUUUUAAGAACAUUACUGCAAGUGAGAUGCUCAAAAGGAAACCAGUAACAAAUGCAACAAUAUUACAAAUUUUAAAUUUUAUUAAUACUUAUUUUAUUGUAUUAGUAUACAAAAAAGUGUUGAGCAUUUGAAUAAU